CUAACUUUCCCCCUCUCUCUCCCUCUCCCUCUCUCGAUCUCCUUCCACAGAGAGACCUCUCAACGUACACUCAACAAACUCUUAAAUAAAAACCAAACAGGGCUUGUACAUGCCAAGCAAAGGUAUGAGUAUUGUCUUCAUGUCUCCUUCUAGGGCUUCAUCAUCACCACCACCAUCGCCUCUCCGAAAUUCGUCACCUCCGGCGCCUCGACAAACUUUCUCGUCCUCUAUGAAGGCGGAAAACCUGGACAUCGCGGAGUCAAUUAUCACGAAAUGGAGCGUCGAGGAACGCUCCAGCAAUUUCUGCAAACUCAGCUCCCUCUUCACUAACCGGAGGGAGGCGAAGGACUACCUCCAGUCGGUGAAGGAUUUACAGGCAGCGAUGCACUUCUUUGUCUCGGACGGUUUGAGUUCGAGCUCCCAGCAGCUCGUGAGGGCUCAGAACUUGAUGCAAAACGCCAUGAAGCGGCUGGAGAGAGAGUUUUACCAGAUCCUGUCGUCUAACCGGAGUAACUUGGAUCCUGAGUCGGUUUCGAGCCGGUCCUCCCGGGCCUCGGCUAGUAUUUCAGAUUUCGAAGACGACUACUCCGAUGAAGACGACAUUAACGUCGCCGGCGGCGAUUCGGUUCACAAAGUCGUCGCCGGCGACUCAGCUUCGGAAGUCGCGAUGGCUGAUUUGCAAGCCAUCGCGGACACAAUGAUUUCGUCCGGGUACAGCAAGGAGUGCUUGAAGGUUUACAAACUCGUUCGGAAAUCAAUUUUGGACGAGAGCUUGUACUAUCUCGGAGUAGAGAAGCUGAGCUUAUCACAAAUUCAGAAACUAGACUGGGACGUAGUCGAUGUGAAAAUUAAAUCGUGGUUGAACGCCGUCAAAGUCGCGGUGAAAACGCUCUUCCUCGGAGAGAGAAUCCUCUGCGACGUCGUCUUCUCCACGUCUCCUAAGAUCUCCGAGUCCUGUUUCGCGGAAAUCACCAGAGAGAACGCCGUGACUCUGUUCGGGUUCCCCGAACACGUGGCCAAGUACAAGAAACUCACCCCGGAGAAACUGUUCCGUGUACUCGACCUCUACGAUUCCAUUUCAGAGCUCUGGCCGGAGACGGAGUCCAUCUUCUCGUCCGACUCGGGCUCCGCCGUCAGAUCUCAGGCCGUCAACUCCCUCGUCAGGCUUGGCGAGGCCGUCCGGGCCAUGCUGUCGGAAUUCGAGGCCGCAAUCCAGAAGGACGGCUCUAAAACGCCGGUCCAAGGCGGUGGGGUCCAUCCGUUAACGCGAUACGUCAUGAACUACGUGGUUUUCCUCUGCGAUUACAGUGGCUCUCUCUCCGACGUAUUAGCCGAUUCGGCGCUAAACACGCAGUCUCCGUUGCCAGAGUCUUACUUCUCGAGCCCGACCCCCUACGACUGCUGCACGUCAGCAUUAUCGGUCCGGCUGGCGUGGCUGAUCCUGGUCCUCCUCUGCAAACUCGACGGGAAAGUCGAGCAGUACAAGGACGUGGCUCUGUCGUAUCUGUUCCUCGCCAACAACUUAAACUACGUCGUCUCAAAGGUCUGCUCGUCGAGCCUGAAGCUCCUGUUAGGAGACGAAUGGAUAGAGAGUCACGAGGCGAAGGUGAAACAGUACGCGGCGAAUUACGAGAGAAUGGGGUGGAGCAAGGUGAUGUCAUCGCUGCCGGAGGCGGAUCCGGCGGCUGAGAUCCCGCGUCAGGAGGCGCGAGAGUGCUUCAGGAGUUUCAAUUCGGGUUUCGAAGAGGCGUACAGGAAACAGACGUCUUGGGUCGUGCCCGACCCGAAACUGCGAGACGAGAUCAAGGUCUCCCUCGCGAAGAAGCUGGUGCCGGCGUACACGUCGUUUUACGAGGAGUACCGGUGGUUGUUCGGGCGGGAAGCGGGAGUCGAACCGGUGGUCAGAUAUGCCCCUGACGAUCUCGGGAAUUACUUGUCGGACCUGUUUUACGGGACGGGGGCUGCCAGUAGCGUGUCGUCGUCGGUUUGUUCUUCGCCGUCGUCGUGGCAGUCGCGUGGACGGAAAGUUCGUUGAGAUGUUUGCGUCAAGUGCCGGGGCUUUCCUGGCUGUUACUUGGCCAUGCACGUGAUUGUAUAGGGUUGAUGAUUCAUCAGAAUUUGAAGAGAUGUAGAGAUGUUGUUUCGGAUUUUUCCAUUUCAGGGGAUAUGAAUAUGACAACUUAUCCUAUA